AUGGAAAGCACGUCCUCUGGCCGCAGGCGCAACGUCGUGGACUGUCACCUCGACGGCGACCAGCAAGUGUGGUCCGAAGCGCGCAAGCCCAAGAGUCUCCUCAUAUCAUGUCUUGCCGCUUUCGUGCCCGACUUUAGCCCCAGAGUUGGCAUCGCCGGCCUCUUUGGCUAUGUCGAAGCAUUCGAGACCACGCCAGAUCGGAUCGUCAACCUGACGUUCUGUGACUCCUCCAUGUCAAUUUUGUUUUCCAAUGAAGAUCUACUGACGGCGCGCAUGCAACGCGUGCCAAGCUGGUCCAUCCUGCUGCUCGGCCUCUUCGGCCCGCUGUGGGUGAUCUUGAUUCGGUGCUACGGACGUGUGCCGAUCCUCUUCUACUGGCAGCUCUUCGGCUUCACCUGGCAGAUCGACUGCGCCACCUCGACGACGCCCAACACGUUUGCUGCCAUACGUUGCCUCCAGGCCGCAUUUAGCACCACACGGCAGGUGGCCAGCAUGAACAUUGUCUCGCACAUGUUCCUCCGCUCAAUCCAGUAUGCCCCACUGUGGCCGCUCGGCCACCUCUGCGCAGGGAAGAGCUGGCGCUGGGAAUACAGCAUCGGCAUCGGGCACUGCCUCUGUGUUGUCGUCCUUGUCGCGUUCCUAAAGGGAGAGAGCACCUAUGACCGCCACCACCGCCACCGGUCCAGUGACUUUGUCGCCAACCGCGUACAGAAAGUCAUCGGCAUCGAAGGGUGGAAGUACAUGACGCAGCGCACUAGGCUCACUGAUGCUGAUCAAUAUGACCGAGCCGAUAUUGUUAGCGUAGAACUGCGACAACUAACGUUGACGCUCUACCUAAGCCAUGUCGUUGCGUACCUGGGCAAGUUCACCCCGCGCUAUCUGCACCAGCUGUCGAUGUGGGCCGUCCGACGGAACCGUGGCGCGCUCGAGUCGGAGGACGUUCUGCUGCCAACACUGCCGGGCAUCCCAUCGGACAUGUCGGGUUCGGCGUCUUUGGCUAUAUACAGAACGCCAGGCGAGCGUCGAGGGUGGUAUCUUUGGCUGGGGCAUGGCGGUCACUGGCAUCACAUGCUUCUUCGGCGUCCUGUCGUACAGUGGCCCCAGCUUUCCCGGCCGAGCGGACAAGAUCAGCGCUUUUAUGUCAUCUUUGGCUUCGCGGCCCCCUGCUUCCAGUCUAUUUGGGCAGCGCAGAGCGGCGCGCUAGUCGUCGUUGGUACUGAGGCCGGCAUCUGCGCAGCCCUAUGGCUUCUCGUCGUCACCACCAUCUUUUUCGUCUGCAAGGCGAUCCGCGAGCGCUUCUGUUUGCCGCGUCGGGUUCUGCAAAGCGAUAUGGCAAGAGCGUAG